CCACUGAAAAAAAUAAUGUUUCCUUCUCGCGUGGGAUGCGCGUUGGCGGACUACACGACAGGCUAGGGUUUAUUUUGUACCGUUCGGCGAGAAGAAGAUCGUCGGGGAUCUUUUUUUCAAGCUUCAGUUGCUAUCGUUGGUUGCUCAUCUCUUUUUGUCACGAUUUCUGUUCGAAUAAAGGUUUGCCUCUACAACGAUGCUUCUCGAAUGGUGGUCGAAGCAGAUUUUUUUAAUUAAUGUGCCCAAAUUUUGAUGAAAGUAUUGCUGGCUCUCUGGUGUCGAAUUGGGGCUUAGGCUGUGUAGAUGCUGAACUACUGCUGCAAUCCUUUUCUGUCUUGUUUGCUUUUGAGUUUUUGGGAGUAAGAAAUCUUCUUUUGGAUUCUAUGGAUGAAGGUGAUGCCAUCAUCGAUAUUAGCUCGGAUGAGGAGAACUUGGCAGAUGAAUCUUUUGAUAUAAGUGAAGAAUGGCUCAAUGAAUUGCUUGAAUCUGCAGAUGUAGGAGUGCCAGGGGAAUUGGAUGAUGUUAUGGUUGUGGAUGAGCUUUCUUCACGAUCAAGCAUGAAGAAACCUAGCCCUUUGCAAAAAGAAUGUGAUGAGGACUGCUUGAUUCUAGAUGGCGACCCUGAUAAGGUUGUGUCUAUGGUUGAUGGCCAAAGUGAAUCUGUUGAUGGCUGCGCUGAAUUGCUCAUAGUUGGAGAAAAGGGACAUUUGGCUUGCAGAGACUAUCCCCAUCCCCGUCAUCUGUGCGUCACCUACCCUUUCAGCAGCACUCCACAUGAAAAGCACUGUAAACUGUGCCAUUGCUAUGUUUGUGACUCUCUUGCUCCCUGUAUCUAUUGGGGUUAUGGCCUUUCAACCACAGACCAUUGUCAUGCAAGUGAAAAAGAACAAGACUGGAAAUCGCUGAGGAAUUACUUCAAAUUGGUCCUUACAGAAGUCCCAGAACCAGUAAGGUUACCUGGGAGCAGACAGUCAAAUCCACAACCCUUAAGAAUCUCCCAAGAUAUGCACCAUCCAUUGCUAGGUUUAUCAAAUGCGCUCCACCAGAGCUCAACUUCAGCAUCCAUCCCAAGAGAGCUUCUACUGCUCAACUCUCUUAGUGGCUUAAGAAACCUACCAGUCAACCGAGGAUCUCUACAGUCGAUUGGAUCCCAAUCUUUUCCUUCUUCUCUGAGAAUGCCACCUCUCCCCAACUACUUUGGCAGCACAAGUGAUGAAAAUUCAGGCUUCUAUUUCAAUCAACUUCACAGAAGUUCUGUACAGAGGACCGCAGUAGUUUCUCCACUAGGUAACUUCCAGUCAAUACAACCUGGAGUGUCGAACAAUAUGGAGAUGAUACGGGGAAUGCUAGCUUCCAUUGAAGCUGAGCUCUUAGGUACCGAUUAUAACAGUGGAAGCAUGGAGGAGAGCAAUAUAUCCUCGGCUUCAUCCCUUUAUCCUGCUCUUAGCAAACCAUCUGUUAUAGGAGAAGCGCAAGCCAGAAUAUGAAUGCCUAUGGCGCUUAUCUCUUACAAAGCAGUAGCUAACUGGCACAACCUCAAUGAAAUCACUCUAUUAUACCAUUUUAUCAGACAAUUGUUCCUAUCUAUUGUUCCUAUCUCUGUCUUCAUCAAUCAGUUCUACGUGGUAUCUUCGCUGCACACCACAAUGGCAAAGGUAUGUAGUUACGAUGCCAAGAUGUGUAGUUAUCUGUGUGUAGUUAUCUGUACAGAUUAAGGACCAGUAGACAUUUCUCUUGCCGUUUGGUUCCUGUGGCUGGUGCCAAUGUUGCAGUAUCAAGACUCUUCUGUACACGUCAAAAUGAAAAUCACAACUAUGUAAUUGCUUUUUUUCAUGGAUUUUGAUUACGAAAAACUUUUAUUGACAUCA